UCCACCGCCGUACAGUAGCGUGGUCAGUCGGAGACAACGGAAGCAACCAAACCAGCGAAGCGAAGCUGUGAUGAGUGGCCAAUGAUUCCCUCGCCAAAUCGCAACCUCCACCCGCUGAAGGAAAGCCCAAGCAGAAGAUGGAUUAACCGGCGGCCCCCGUCCAUCGCCAUCAACGCCCCCGCUGCUGCGCUCGCUCGUCCCUCCUCCGCGGACCACACGCGCUAGAAAUCAAGAAGAGAGUGGUAGUAGAAUAAGCUUAAGCUGAGCUGCCGUGGGUUGGCAAGGCAUCGCUUCCCUUCCACUCCAGUCUCCAGUGGAGCACUUGCUUGCUUGGCUUCCCCUCUCCGCUUCGUCCUCCUUGUUUGUUCCCCUCGCUAGCCACCGCCCACCGGGACGAAAGAAAGCGAGGAAUGCAGCCGCUGCGCCACGGCCCGCCGGCCGCCGGCGGCUGGGGCGGAGUGGCUGGGGUGGGCCCAACCACCGUCGACGAGGCAUCCAUGGAGCGCAGCAAGAGCUUCAUCAAGGCCCUGCAGGAGCUCAAGAACCUGCGGCCGCAGCUCUACUCCGCCUCCGAGUACUGCGAGAAGUCCUACCUCCACAGCGAGCAGAAGCAGAUGGUGCUGGACAACUUGAAAGAUUAUGCUGUGCGAGCCGUUGUCAAUGCGGUCGACCACCUGGGCACUGUUGCCUACAAAUUGACAGACCUGUUCGAACAGCAAGCUUCUGAGGUUUCAAGUCUGGAGCUGAAAGUUUCACGCCUGAACCAGCAAAUUUUCACAUGCCAAAUCUACACGGACAAAGAAGGCCUCAGGCAGCAGCAAAUGAUGGGAACAAACAUAAAACACCACAAGCACUAUAUCCUACCAUCUACUGGUCAUGAAAGAACCCAAGCACACCUGCAAACAGACACUUAUCAGGAAUCAAAACCUAGACCUUAUCCCUCAGCAAAGACCCUUUCCUGGCAUCUGGCAUCAGAGAACAGCACUACAGGAAACGGACCACAUAAACCUACAUUUGUCCUAGGGGACACAGUAUCAUCUAAACUUGCAUCAGGUAAGGAGCGGUCAGCUUCUCCUAUGCGCAGACAUCUGCAAUUGAAUAGGAGCACCAGUUCUGAUGCUGCACAAAGGAUUGGUGCUAAGAACCAGUCUGGUGUAAAGGACUUGUCAACAUUUCAUUCUUUUGACAACCCUAAAGGACGUGCAAUCCAAAAGGCUCCUGUUGGUACUAAAAGCAUGCUAGCGGCUCUCUUUAUCAAGCACAAAUCAGCGAAGAUGAAAAAGAUCACAGCUCGCUGAUUAGCGCGCAUUGAGUGAUGUCACUGUAAAUUUCAUGCAGGAAGCUUGAUAUUGUACAUCUCACCUGUUUGCGUCCGUUUUCAGCAUGCUAGUGGUUAGAGCUGAGUGCCUAUUGUCGUUUUCAUUUCAAAUUCUGUAUUAUGUCAUCUUACUGAUGACCAAAAUGUAAUGAUCCCAUGUCAACAUAUGCCUGGUUCCGCAUGCUCGCCUUGUAAUUCUGCUUGCCAGAAGCUUCGGUUUUUAAUAUAAAAUAAAAUGCAUGUUGGAAAUA